AUGCAGCUCAUACCGACAUUUGCGUUGUUGCUGUUACACGCAGGAUCUACCUUCUCAGCAACAGCAACCAACUACGCAAACUCCUCAUUGGAAGCAACCCAUGUCAGCCCAGCCUCACCAUAUUUUGAAGAUGAUAUUCUGCGCCGCAACAACGAAAUCGAGUCGCGACUCGCCAACGCACCUAUACACGGGCUGAGGAAAAUGAGUCCCGACGAAGGGGAGAAGUUCUUUCUGGAUUACUGGAGUUUCGGCCCGGAGUCGCAGAUUCAACACAGUGAUACUUCGAAUGUUGAGGACGAUCUUCCGUUGGAUCUAUUUAGACCCAGAUCAUAUCCCUUCCGACCCUCGUUUUCAUUUGAAGCGAAUUAUGGGGGUCUUCUUGGCUCUAGGGACUUCAAGUGUCCCACUGGAACGCUCGCGUGUACAUCCAUUGAACGAUCCGAUCGGUGUUGCAGUACUGGGGACAGAUGCGAAAAGGUCAAAGAUACCGGAUCGGGGGACGUGGGGUGUUGUCCCAACGGGAUGACAUGUACGAAUUUAAUAGGAGCGUGCCCGGGCAAUCAGACACUUUGUUCUGAGGCUCUUGGGGGAGGGUGUUGUAUUCCGGGAUAUGAAUGUGUUGUGGGUGGCUGCGCAUUUGUCUCGGUUGUUACAGUAACCAUCCACUCGACAGUCACAUUGUCUACAAAGACAUAUUCAACGGUCCCUCAGAGCAGCCUUUCCUCGUCGUCAUCAACCAGCAAUACAGCAACUACUAGCACCGAUAAUCUUGUGCCUCCAGCGCGACCAACGGGUAUCUCAACUUCUACCCAAAAAACCACAAGUCGUGUUAGUGUCUGCCCGACGGGCUUCUACGCAUGCUCGGCUGUUUACCAAGGGGGUUGCUGCCAAACAGGACGUGAUUGCGAUACGACAUCGUGCCCUACCACGCAAUCAACUACGUUCACAUCAGAUGGCGUGACAAUUGUUGAGCCUGUGACAACCGGAAACUCCAACAGCGGGAACACGGGGAAAUGUGCGACGGGUUGGUUUAGUUGCGCUGAUACCGUUGGCGGCGGGUGUUGUCCAUCAGGGUACACUUGUGGAUCGAGUUGCACGGCUGCGGCGUCGAAGACAACGGUUGCCAAGGAACAAGCAACUGCCUCCAGCGGUGGGGUUUGCAAAUUGAAAGUUCCAUUUGGAUGUUUAUUGGGAUUGCUAGGGAUCAGCAUGCUGGAGUGGUUAUAUCUGCCCAUCAUGUCCGACAAGCCCCAGAAGCCCCUCCCCUUCGUCUACCAGUUCGCCGCCGGUGCGGUGGCUGGUGUGUACCCAUUGGACGUUGUCAAGACUCGAGUUCAGCUCCAGUCCGGUACCCCCGUCGCUGGUGUCGAUAACUACAAUGGCAUGCUUGACUGCUUCCGCAAGAUCAUCAAGAAUGAGGGCGCCAAGACACUGUACCGUGGUAUCUCCGCUCCCAUCCUGAUGGAGGCCCCCAAGCGUGCGACCAAGUUUGCCGCCAACGACAGCUGGGGUGCCUUCUACCGUGAUCUGUUCAAGGUGGAUAAGCAGACCCAGAGUCUGGCUGUUCUGACCGGUGCGACCGCUGGUGCCACCGAGUCCUUCGUCGUUGUUCCCUUCGAGCUGGUGAAGAUUCGUCUGCAGGAUAAGGCCUCUGCCGGCAAGUACAACGGUAUGCUGGAUGUCGUGAAGAAGAUCGUGAAGACCGAGGGUCCUUUGGCCAUGUACAACGGUCUCGAGUCAACCCUGUGGCGUCACAUCCUCUGGAACGCCGGUUACUUCGGCUGUAUCUUCCAGGUUCGCGCGCAGUUGCCUACCCCCGAGCCUGGCAACAAGAGCCAGCAGACCCGUAACGACCUGAUCGCCGGUUCUAUCGGUGGUAUUGCCGGUACUAUUCUCAACACCCCCAUGGAUGUCGUCAAGUCUCGCAUCCAGAACACCACCAAGGUUGCCGGUCAGAUUCCCAAGUACAACUGGGCCUGGCCUGCUCUUGGAACGGUCAUGAAGGAGGAGGGUUUCAGUGCUCUGUACAAGGGCUUCACUCCUAAGGUGCUGCGUCUCGGACCCGGUGGUGGUAUCUUGCUCGUCGUCUUCACCAACGUGAUGGACUUCUUCCGCAAGAUCCACGAGGAGUAA